UAUUAUAUGCUUUUAAAUUAAACCUGAGUUCAGUUAUCAAGUAUAAUGUGUAAUAAUAAUAUAGUUUUUAGAAAAUACAUAUUUCAUUAUUUCAAGUUUUAGUAAGAUGAUACAAAAAUAUGGGAAUUAUGAUUUUAACUAUAUAAAUAUGAAGUUUUUAAUAUUAUUUAUUUUUAAUAUUUUCACAUUUGUAAUAUCUAAUCACAUCAAAUUAAUUCCAGAAUUAUGCAAAGCAGGUGAUCCAUUUACGGUGAAUCAUCAAACACCAACAAUUCAUGGUAUCCUCUCAGCACUAGUGAAUACAAAUAAAAAGUGCUUGAGUAAUUUUUCGUUAUUAAAGGUUAAGAGAAACGGCGGCAUUGUGGAUUUGGAAAUUUGUUAUGACGAGUUUUUAUUAAAAACAAUAUACGUAAAAUUUGAAAUCGAUGGCGUUUCACUUAAAAAGUUUGACAAUGUGAUUAUACCACCACUUGUGACUCAAAAUAUAAAUUUGUAUCCGGAAAAUGUAGCGUGUUUCUAUACAAAAAAUCAUCAAGCAGCUCUAUUUAAAUAUAUAUACAACGGUGAAGAUGCCAUUACCGAUUCAUCGUUUUUAACCGAAGGACAUUUAGCUAGUAAUUCCGAUUUUACUGAGGACUAUAAGCAACUGGCAAUGUUUUUUUACGCUAACAUAACGCCCCAAUGGAAAUCCAUUAAUCAGCACGCGUGGGCACUUAUUGAGUCUGCUAUUAGAUCGUAUGCGAUUGAUACCGGCGAGAUACUGGAAGCGUACGCGGGCACGCACGGACAGGCGCUGACGGACAGCGGACAGCCGCUGUUCUUGACGGACGACGGUCGUAUGCCGGUGGCCGCGUGGCUGUGGAAAGCCGUCGUCGACCGGUCCGCCGGCGCCGGCAUCGCGUUCGUCUGUCGCAAUGACCCGUCUCAGCGAACAGCCGCGGCCGGCCCGCCCUGCGGCGGUGCGGACGUCUGCGCGGACGGCCACUGGAACGCCAUCGCGGUGGCCGGUACGUCGUUUUGCUGCACAUUGCAACAGCUCGCGGAAACGAUUCCGGAAGCGGCGGCGGCCGCAGUCGGCGUCGACGCUGACGUGGGCUUGUUAAAAAGAACGUUGCCUGCACCGCCGCCGAAGUCUUCCGAGAGCGUGACGACGGCAGACGACGACGACGAAGACGACGAUGGCGAGGACGAGGACCACGACGACGAAGAAGCAGAAAAAGACGAUUGACGACGGAUCGUCUGACCCGCCGCCGCAUCGAUAAAAUAAUACGUUACGUUUACGCGUAUACAAGUGGUUUAAACGGUUGCGACGUCUUCCGUGACGGUUUUCGUUGUGUUGUAACUUUUUUUUAUUAUUAUUUACACGAUGCAAAAUUAUUAUACUUUCUUAAAGAUGA